AUGUCUGAGCCAGAACAGUGCAUUAUAUGCCUGGACUCGCUUCCACUCCCGCGAUCCUCGGGUCCGGCCUUAGUGACCGACGGCGUGCUCCAAGUACCACCUACCACUGUCGACGCGGAAAACAACAACAAACAAGAAAAUGACGAAGCUGCAAAUCACCUCAAUGUUGUCGCGGCCCUUGACGGAUGCGAGCACAUUAUUCAUGAUGCGUGCAUCCGGUCCUGGGCGCAAAAGACAAACACCUGCCCCAUCUGCAGGAACAUCUUCCACAUAGUCCGUGUCUUCAAUGGCGUUGACGGGACGGCCAUCUCCCAAUACGAAGUCGAAGACAAGAAGCAAAUCGCCGAGUUCGAUAUCCAGCAGUGGCUAGGCGAGAAUGCGGAAGAAGAGCCCGAGCAGAGCAACCCGUGCCCUAUCUGCAAUUCUGCGGAGCAGGAAAACGUCCUCCUCCUAUGCGACAGCUGCGAUGCUGCCUACCACACACACUGCGUAGGGUUGGACGAUAUCCCAGACGGAGACUGGUACUGCAUGGAGUGUCGACAUGCAUUUCAGCUGAGUGAUGAGUCUGGAGACUUCGCCAACGAGUCGCAGCCCAGCCGUCGUCGUCGAACCGCACGAUCACAGCCUCGGAACGGGCGAGGCUACCACGUUCGAACUCGAGCACGCCUUCGAAGAGCCCGUCAGCAGGCGCGAAAUGUUGAGUGGCAAGGACCGUGGGGUCAAUUUGCUGGCCGUUUAUACGACCUUGCUGAAGUAGACCUGGACAAUUUCGACGACGAGGACGAGGAGAUGGGCCAAUAUCGUCAGUUCCAACAGUUGGAUCGGCGAGAAGUAGAGCGUUGGCGACAGCGAUUCGACAUAGCCCAGCGUUGGGGUGCGCAAGACGCGUUCGCACAUAACAUCCCUCCGGCGAUAAGCGAACAUCUCCAGCCCGCACCUCCACCACCACCACCUCAAGAGACCAGAGAUGAAAGGCGAGCUUGGGGCGCAUUCGAGCUUGCGCGUGCAGCAGAGGAAGGCAGCACAGCUUCAAGAUCACGGAAGCGCAAGACCCGCUCCAUCACCGCUUCUCCGGCCGAGCCUACACAAGAGCCAGAGCGCAAGCUAAAGCGUCCACGGACCAGACGGUUGGCCACAACCCAUGCCGAGGGAUCAGGCUCAGGCUCAGCACCGUCGCCAAUCCCAGGUCCGUCGACCACGCCAGCCGCUGACGCGACUACCAACGGCCAUGGCACCAUCGUGAACGGAUCGUCGGCACGGCCUGAAGCACGCACAUCGAGCCGAGGUUUGCGCCUGCUCCCUACUCCCCUGCGGCAGCUCGAAAACACGCCAAUGGUCAUGGCAGCGGUAGCGGCAGCGGAAGUGGAAGCGGCAGCGAGGGAAGUGAUUCGGACAGUCGGUCAAAUCGGCAACGUCGGGGACGUAGACCUGAAAUCCAGCAACACCGCCCGCGACACGCAAGGCAAACGCAGCAGGCCGCCGCUGCUGAACAUUCACCAACCAGAGGGAGCGUGA